ACGGCAGCAAACUUGCUUACCCAUUGCCAACUGAACUCUGUGUCUCUUUCGCUCUGACUUUGAUAUCUCUCUUCUUGUUUUUCUCUGUCUAGAAUUGUGGCACAGCAAUUGGGUUAGAGACUUAGAGUAAUGGAUCUGCACGUGGAGGGUAACGCCUGUGAAACUCCCGAGACUUUGAUCUCCAAGAAACUUAAACAUAACGAGGUUGACAUGGACAGCAAAGGGAAAACAAAAAUAAGCUAUGACGGGACAUGGCAAGACCAAGUCAAGGAUGCUUCAGCUGGUGAUCCUGGAAAUUCUACCGUUGUAGGAUCACUGGACAGUGUUGAUCCCCUCAAGAGCACCACAUCAGGAUCAAUCAAUUCAAACAAUCUUAACAGUUCUACUUCUGAUAUAACAUAUAAUGGCUAUGAUGAGGAUGUCAACGGUGCUGGUGAUGAUGAUGGUGGUUCCUAUGAAGAUGAGGACUAUGUUUCUGAUUACGAUAAUGAUGAUUUCUUGUACGAUGAUGGUUAUAUGGGUAUGCAAUCCCAAUUUGAUAAUGUGGAUUUGCCUCCUGGAAUAGAGGUGCCACUUCCUUGGUUGAACGACUCGGAUUCAAGUGCAAACAUACCAGUUUCAACAAGGAGUUUAAUUAUUUCAGAUCUUCCAGAAAGCAAAAUGCAGGUAGCUGCUGCAAGCAGUUCAAUCAUCCCUACAGAGUCAAGUUCAAAGGAGAAAGAAGAAGAAAAUGGGGAUACAGUAAUGGGAAAAGUUCUACAGUUUAAGCAAUUUGAUACUGUAGAUGAUUGGUCAGAUCACCAUUAUAGCCGCAUGGGAUUUUUAGAUGGGAAGCCACCCAAGAAUUGGGGAAAGAGAAUUCAGGAUGAGUGGAAAAUGUUAGAAAAGAAUUUACCGGACACAAUAUUUGUUAGAGUUUAUGAAGCAAGGAUGGAACUUUUGAGGGCUGUUAUGAUUGGACCUGCGGGAACUCCUUAUCAUGAUGGUCUUUUUGUCUUUGAUUGCCUCUUUCCCAGUAGCUAUCCCAGCUCACCACCGAUGGUGUACUACUAUUCAGGUGGCCUUCGACUGAACCCAAAUUUGUAUGAUUGUGGGAAAGUCUGCCUAAGCCUUUUGGGCACCUGGACUGGUAAACAGAAUGAGAUGUGGAUCCCAGAGAAAUCAACCAUGCUACAAGUUUUGGUCUCUAUACAAGCUCUGAUUCUGAACGCGAAGCCCUUCUUUAAUGAGCCUGGAUAUGAAAAAACAUACACUGGGAUAGAAGGCGAAAGAAGAUCGCUUGCGUACAAUGAGAAUGCCUUUGUUCUAUCCUUGAAGACAAUGAUAUACACACUGAGGCGGCCACCAAAGCAUUUUGAGGACUUUGUUUUCAGUCAUUUUCGCAGUAGAGCACACGCUAUUUUGGCUGCGUGUAAAGCAUACACGGAGGGUGCUCCUGUAGGGUUUGUUGAUAAUGACGGGGCUCAGGAUAAUGUUGGAGGAGACAACAGGUCAAUUGAGUUCAGGUCGAAAUUAGGUAAGAUGAUGAGUAUGCUGAUAACAUGCUUCACCAAGAAUGGGUCGACAGACAUUGAGCAGUUUAGCCUUCCGGCCUAAAAUCACACUAGAGAGGAGCUGGUAGCGUGGGAAAGGCUGUAAGCCAGUAAGAUCGAAAUAUGUACAGGGGAGGUUGAAAUCAGUGUUGGAACUGACAUAUAGCUGAUGGCCUUUCUCAUUGCAAUUUUGAUGGAAUUGGACCAUUAGUCUAUUUAUAUAUUUUCUAUUCCAAGUAGUUGUAGAUAUAAUUGGAUGAUUUUGGGAUGAUUGAUGAGAAGAAUUUCUAUUGGAUUAAGAUGAUUCGUGCA